GUACGAAAGCCGAAUAAUGGAGGAAAAUAAUUAAGCUUUUCACAAUCUCGCAAUGAAUCAGUAGCCGGUUCUUUUAAAAAUAUAGGUGCCAUGUAGGUAUGUCUAUAUCUAUAUAUACGAAGAUCUUGAAGUUUAGUGGCUAUUUUACCACAAGAAUUUACAUUCCCGAUUCAAUUUGCUCGAGUGGACCUUCAUUUUUUUWAAAAAAAAUCUGUAUUUUGAAACAAGAGAAUUGAGUUUAAGUGACUGUCUGUAUUCAAAAUUUUUUUCCCCGACUUACUUCCGAUUACAGUUAGGUACCAGAAAAUUUGAAGUAAUUAUUUGACGUCGGUGGGCAUUUGAAAUGUGGAUGUUGGCGGUUCCAGCGUAAUUAUGAAACACAGCACUGACUGUUAGCCUAGAAAACUAGUUCGGGUCAUCUAAAUAGAUUGCUUUCAUCGCGCUCCGGGGAGGAACGUUGCCUUAUUGGCUGACUUACCAGAGAGAAAAUUUAUGACGUACGAAGACCAUUCGGUGAUCGUAUUCCAGCCAUACUGUGAAUCUGUGUGAACCAAGACGUAUGGUCUACCGUCAAUCCAUAUAUAUUUUAUACUUACCCCUCUGUCGAGAAACAAGAUGGCAAGCGACAAAUCUUCAACCAAAAAAGGGGUGAUUGGAGCGUUCCUGAGAAAAAUCUCAUCAUCUUCCAAGCAUCCAUGCACGGGAUCGACAAGUAAGACCAGCAAGUCGAACCUGAAAUCUUCUCCUCAACAAAACAAGAGACAAGGUUCGGUGACAUUCGCUGAAGGGACGAAAUUCGACGAACUAGCUCAUCAAGAUUCGAACUUAGCAGCUUUAAAGAAGAUGAGUUCGACUGGGUCAAGGAAAGUGCAGCGAUCGCCUUUGAAAAUUUCGCUCACAAACGAUGAUGGCGAGGAUGUAGGAUCGACGGGCUUUCCUAGAAAACGCGAGAGAAGCAAAUAUUCCCCAUCAGGGGAGGAGUCUUCUGAGAAACCUGAACCUGACAAACUGGCUAUUCCAGUACCUCCACAGAGAAGGGAAUCCUUCUUGUAUAAGUCUGACAGUGAAUUUGAAUUAGCAUCAAAAUGUGUAACAUCACGGCACCAUUCAUUUAGCGAAGGUACACGAGUUGAGGAGCUGGUUACUCCAUUUGCACAAAUUCUAUCCAGUCUUCGUAAUGUCAGAAACACGUUUGUUACUUUAACAAAUGCAARAAAGGAAAAAAGAGGAGGGUCUGUAGGCCCACAAUUAAAUAAGACUAAUUUAUCUGAUCUUCAAAAUAGUAUAGGUUCCUUACAGAUUCCUAGGGAUGAGAAUUAUCAAAUUGUUGCAAAUAACACUCUUGAAGAGCUGGACUGGAUUUUGUAUCAGUUGGAAACUCUUCAAACUCACUCAUCUGUUAGUGAAAUGGCUUCUAAUAAGUUUAAGAGACUUCUAAACCGGGAGCUCAAAGACUUUUCUGAUGCUAACCAAUCAGGCAACCAAGUGUCUGCCUGGGUGUAUAACACUUUUACAGAUGACCUUGUAAACAGGAGAUGUUCCCCCACAGAUCCCGCUCCACCUUCACCUAAGGCUGCUUACUCCCCAAUUCUCUUCAAGAAUACGACACUGGCUAACCCUGAUAAACAGCUGGAAAUUCAGGCAGAUCCUAAUCAAAGUAAACCUAGAAAGGAUUGUAUAAGAGCACGCUCAAGGUCUAUGGUUAAUGGAGUCCGUAAACUUACAAGAUUACACAGUUUCUCUGGGACUGUACCAAGAAUAUUUUAUCUACAAGGAAGUGACAAAGAAAAUUGUAACCAAAAGAUAUUAGAAGGCAUCAAUAGGUGGGAUUUUGAUGCCUUUUCCUUGGAUGAAGCAACCACAGGUCACCCAAUGUUAGCUGUAACCUACACUAUUCUGCAGGCCAGAGACUUACUAAAAAUAUUCAAAAUCAAGCCUACCACAUUUAUAAAUUAUAUGACCCUAGUAGAGAGUCAUUAUUUAAAAGACGUCCCCUUUCACAAUUGUAUUCAUGCAGCUGACGUAACACAAACUACUCAUGUACUGUUAUCUGCACAAGCUUUCGACUCCGUAUUUACCGACCUUGAAAUUCUCUCGGCAAUAAUUGCCAGUGCUGUUCACGAUGUUGAUCAUCCUGGUGUCAAUAACCACUUCCUCGUCGCAACAAACUCUGAAAUGGCCCUUAUGUAUAACGACGAGUCGGUGUUAGAAAACCACCACUUGGCAGUCGCAUUUCAGCUCCUGCAACACGAAGACUGCGAUAUAUUUGAAAAUCUAAGUAAAAGCGAGAGGCAGUCAGCUCGAAGGAUGAUCAUAGAGAUGGUCCUCGCGACAGACAACGCCAAACACAUGAGCCUACUGGCCUCACUGAAAACAAUGGUAGAAACAAAGAAAGUGGCAGGCACCGGGGUGCUGUGCUUAGAUACAUAUACUGACAGAAUGCAGGUUUUAAAGAGUUUAGUUCACUGUGCGGAUCUGAGUAAUCCUACGAAGCCGUUACACAUCUACCGUAAAUGGGUCGAUCGACUCAUGGAAGAAUUCUUCCGACAGGGCGACAAAGAAAGAGCAAUCGAAGGGAUGGACAUUAGUCCCAUGAUGGAUCGACAUAAUGCGUCGAUAGAGAAAUCUCAGGUCGUAUUUAUAGACUUUGUCGCUCAACCUCUAUGGGAAACGUGGGGUGAACUUGUCCAACCUGACGCCCAAGAAUUACUGGAUACGAUCGAAGAUAACCGUCACUGGUACAACUGUCAAAUCCCUAAAAACGAACAAGACAAGAACAAUCCUGCUUCUAUGAAGCGAGUUAGUUGGCAGGGCACGCGGAAAGAUGCAAUUGAUCAAUCAGAACCCGAGACUUCAGAAGAAAAUUCCACAAAUGGUAACACAAGAAACAACAAUUUCAAAGACCUUUUGCAUACGAAGUGUGAAAGCAGUGGGAGAAGCUGCGAAGCCGAUGAUGAAUAUGAUGGCGAUAGCUCUUUUGAUUGUUCGGCAGCUGAUGGGAACAAUAACUGACCCUUGAGGAAUACCACAGUUGCGUAAUCAGUGGUUAAUUACUGCCUCAAGGAGCACCACAAAGAAAUGUGAAGAGGAUUGGACAAUAAACCAAGGAGUGCUUGGAGUAUUUAAUGGGAGUAAAUCUAAGUUGUUAAAUCUUACUACGGUGGAAGAAGAGAAUUUCUACACGAGAUUUUCUUUCAUGAGAGGAGGUCUUCAUCUCGUAUUUGAAUAAUCUUAUUACCCAAUGAUCACAGGAGAUUUUGUUUCAAAUUGAAAAAAGAAGUUGCCUCAGAUCUCCUCAAUUGUGGUUCAAACAAUCAGAUGUGUUGUUCUAUCUCUAAGCACAAGAAGCGUGACACAAUUAGAUGGAAUUUGCAGAGGAUAUCAUAGUUGAAAAAAAGUGUAAUUAGAAAUUUGCUAACUGGGAAACUUUUACUAAUGCCUAUGUGGAGGAAGAUCUAAAAUUAUAAUUUGUUUGUCCACUUGCUACGUGGUUGAUUGGAAUGGAAAACAUGUUUAUAGUGAUGCCAUUAAAAAUCCACGAGAAGAAACAAGAACACAAGAAGACACAAAGAAAUACUUAAAAGAAAACUUGUAAAAUGCCCUGUAAAAUUGUAAAAAAAAUUGUUGAUGGAAACUGAAAAGGUGCCAGCAUGUUUAGGUGGAUUAAGGUAUACUGGUGGUGAGUAUUUGAUUGAAACAAUGUGAUUGCAUCGAGAACCAGAAGGAGCAGCGUUGUUCUGUUGUCUAUUUUCUGAGGCAGUCAUACAAGUCAACUCCCAACUCGCAACUUGCAGUAACUCCUAGUCAAAAAUUGUGAAUCAAAAAAUUACCCUUGUUAUAUAUGGUUGCAAAAGAUGUCACUGCAUUGUAUAAUCCAUAGCAGUCGUCUAUGAUAACUUGAGGUGUGCUAUCAUUUUCUAUGCAUUCCCAACUCCCCUAGGAAGUCACACUUCAUUGUUAAAUUGCAUUACCUUUUAUCCAUCCCAUAAAUAUCUUUUUGCAUAUCUGCAGUUUCCAGUUGCUGCAAAUUUUGCCUCAGAAAAAGUUGGCUUCUGAACAAUGCAAGCUCUGACAUGAAAUGGUUCAACCAAUUAGCAAUCCAUUGGCUUCCAUUGAUAGCAGUCGAAUUUCAACUGAAGGAACUACCGACGUUAAAUAUCAGUAUUUUACUUUUUACUUUACAAUCAAUUCGGUUGCCUGGUUGCCAUGGUAACCCUUGACAGAAACAUGCAAGCAUUUGCCAAUAAUUAUUUGUUUUGAUUUGCCUCACAUUGUCAUGGGUUUUUGUUACCAAACCGACCAAGGCUAUGAAAUCGAGCUAAAACUAAGGAGGCAAUUUUUAAAGUCCAUCAAGAUCAGAACGUACGUGGGAUGGUCAUCAAAACAUGACAAAAAUUGAGCUUAUAGAAAUGUAAAUAUAAUAUAUAUGAUAUACAUAGAGAUUUCAAUUUAAUUUAUGUCCUGUAGUUAUAUUAGUAAACAAAAUCUUAUCCGUUGGACUGUUUUAGGAUAUUAUCCGAUGGUGAAACUGUUUUAUGUUAAUGCUAUUUUGGUUGUGGAGUUGUCAUUUGAAGGUUUCAUGCUGUAUGCAUUUCACUGUAUGUUCUUGAUAACUUAAAGUUUGAGCACACAUAGUUUCUUCAUCCAGUAUUUUAGGAAGUUUGUUCUAGUAAAAGUGAAGCAAUGGAAAGUAAAGGAAGUCAUAAAAAUUGUAUUAACACCCAACCAAGUUUGACAGAGCCAUUUCUCAUUUGCCAUGGGAGCAAUUGCAAAUGUAACAGUUUUAUUGAUAGACUUUUCUGGAGUUACAUUUUUCAUCAAGCAAUGUUUGAGGUUAUUCUUCACCAACACCAAAUUCCAUGGAAAUGCCAAAAAGAAACAACUUUUGGAGGUUGGUAACUGCGUUUAUAUGAACUCUGAUUUGAGACUAUUGUUUCAUGAUCAAUGUACGUAGCAAGUUCCAUCCUGGUAUGGUCUCUAAUGAUGUUACAAAACCCUUGCUUCACUUGCAACAGAAGCAUAAGCAUCAGCAACAUACACUACUCAGCAUUGUGUUGUACAUUAGCAUCGAUGGACUACUUUGAGCAUGUGGUGGCCAUUUUCAGUUGCAAGGCAUUAUGGUUAAUCCAGAGGGCAACAGUGUCGAUCUACAUUAACAGUAGACAAUUUGACAAGAGAUGAUUUAAGAAAGCAAUGGAAAGUUCCACAUGUAAUCAAAGAUCGUGGGCUCAUCAUUUCAGCAUCUUUGCAUUGUUUUGCCCCUGGGAGACCCACAUUGCCUCAUGAUUCAAGAUGGCCACCACAUUUUACUAGAUCUGGAGAAAAGUUGAAGAACUAGAUGUAUGCUCUUGUUGCAAAUGAAGGCCACUUAUAAAGCAAUUUUUUUUUCUCGUGGCUUGUUGAUUGGAGGAGACUGUAUUCACCAGAAAAGUAUUAAUUGUGUAAUUAAUGACCUGUCGACAUGUGUCAAUCAACACUUGGCCAAUGUUGCCAAUACUUAAUUGACAUUUCACAAUUACUUAUGUUCCCCAACAUGUUUAGGCUAGUCAUAAAGUGCAUCAUUACCUGUAAGGAAUUUCACUUCGUAAUUCCUUUUCCCAGUUAAUCCCAAAAUGGGCCAAGUCAUCCAUUGGAAAAUCUCAUCUCAAAUUCUCAAUUCCAACUCAAAGAUACAAACUAAAAUGGUUCCUCAAUUCAUAAACUGACUUUUGUGCACAAAAUUAUUCUUGAAACAAAUGGCAAAGAAUACAUCAUCACAGACAAAAACAAACCUUUCCAAAAAUCUGUGGUCUUUUUGUUAUUCGUCCUCAGCCUAGGUGCAUUCCUUAUUAAGUUAUUUGAAUUCUUACAUGAAAAUAUUUUAAGACCAUCAAGAGAGUUUUGUCAGAUUAGGAUAUCUGGGUAUCUAUCGACAAAAUUAAACUAUUCUAUUAUGUAGUAAGGUAGAGUGGGACUUUUGGUAUAAUUGAUUAUGAAAUGGCUUCUGUUUUUGAGCAUUUUGAUUGGCUAGUGUGCAUUUUACUGCCUUUUGGAUGGCAAGAGUAGAAGACAUUUAGUGGCUAAUAUACUAUAGGUUAUCCACUCAUGGAAAUUAUUCUAAGAGUUAUGUAAUAAAUAUGUAUACUUAUCAAGA